GAAACCUGAGUGGAAACCGUAAGAAGCUGAAAGGGAAGAAGUUUCGUGCUCGCUCCAACUCCACAGAGACUCUGUCACCCGCCAAGUCUCCCACCUCCUCCACAGGGUCCAUCGCGUCCAGCAGGAGGUACCCGUACCCCAUGCCCCCGCUGCCGGAUGACCAGAGGAAAGCCAACAGGCAGAGCGCCAGGGUGAGUACCAUCCAGAGGCACUGUUGGGGGUCCCUGAGGACCACUGGUUUAUAGCACAUAGAUUCUAAAAACAUUUCAGAAUAAGAGUAUCAAACCCUUUCAGUAUAAAACUAUAAAAAGCUCUCAAGUGCAUAUGUGUAGUAAAAAUAUAUUUCAUUUACUUUCAUUUAUUAUUUAUUCUCAUGGGACCAGUGUUACAUAUAACAAAUACACAACACUGUAACAUUUAUAGACUUAGUUUGCACU